UUAGGGAUGGACUUCCAGGAUAUCCAGGAUAUUUUCUUUUGUGUGGCCAUUUUAUUAACGAAACAGACAGCAUGUAGUGAAAUAAUUCUUUUCCUAAGAUCCACUCGAAUAAAAGGAACGAUCGCCCAUAUAAAAUCAUUGCCUUGGCCGAUAACGCCUUGCAGGAGCGGGAACACUCACGCCUCUGGCAACUUGACUGAGGCUGCAAGCAAGACAGUUGUGCCCUCUGCCACACACUUUGUCAAACUGUCAGUUUCAUUACAGAACUCACUCUUACACACAGUCAAAGAGAAGAGAACAUCCUACAUGAAAGGAAGUGUCCUGUAUUUGGUAGAAAGCCGUAGAAAAAUUCCCGUCUCGCCGCCGCUGGCAGGCGGUGAGCAGGGGCGACCUUCGGCAUCCCCAGCCCUCCCCCGAGUCCCCCGGGGACCCCGGUGGCUCCUUCAGUGUCUAACUAGAGGUGGCAGGAGGUGGGUGUCGCGGCAAGGCAUGGACCUCUAUGUUAUGUAGCUGCGGGCGUCCUGUUAUCGGCCACCAUGACGACUCCCAGCCAGCGGGAGAGCCAGAGGCUCUUCGACUACUUCGCCAUCAUCGGCCUGAGUCCCGAUGGGGGGCUGGACCCCGACCGUUUGCAAGGGGAGGAGGUGGUGGUGCCGCCCCUGGAGAGGAGCUACCUGGCGCGGGUGUUGGGCCACUACCCGGACCACGCCCCCCCCGCCCUCCCCUUCGACAGCCACGCCGUGCAGAUGCUAUGCCUCCCGCGUGGUCUACAGUUCCGCACACAGAAGCACAUGCUGGAGCCUCGAUUCCAUCCAUUCCUGGUCACCAAGGAGGAUGGUUCGAGGGCCCACGGGUUCGCCUAUGUCUUCUACGAGGAGGUGAACUCGAAGCAGAUCUGUACGGCCAUGCACACGCUGCAGUCAGUAUACCUCACUGAGAUGUCGAGUAGUCACGCCAAGGGCACCUCAGGCACCCCCACCAACACCCGGGACACUCGCUCACUACCCCGGCAGUUCCGUCUCUCUUCGCCCAAGUCCCCGGCGGCGCUCCACUUCUAUGACAUCACCAAAGACCAGCUGUACGUGACCAAGUGCAUCGCCUUGGUCGGCCAGCAUCCUUAUGUCUACGCCGGCAGAAAGUUUCUCACGGAACUGUACAGGUUCUUCAUACAGUGUGAGAGCAGUGCGGUGAGCCUGGAGUCCCACGUUUACAACCUACUUUACGAGGUUCCAGCGCCACCACCAGGCCGCUGCGUUGCCUUCUCCUCUGUUGGCAAGACCCACAUCUGCCAGCGCCCCACCAGCCAUGAGUUGCCCCUGUUUGAGUACUCGCUGAGGGAGUUUUUCCAGAGCCUGGGCGUGGAGAGUGUGGUGCAGCUGCUGACGUGUGUGCUGCUGGAGAACCAAGUCAUUCUAGUCUCAAGCGACUACUACAAGCUGAUGAUGGUGGCUGAGAGCAUCUGCACCCUCAUCUUCCCCUUUGUGUGGCAACACGUGUAUGUACCCAUCCUGCCGUCCUCCCUCCACCACUUCCUGGAUGCCCCAGUGCCUUUCAUCAUGGGUCUUCAGUGCUCACAUGACUCCAGGGACUUGAUACAGAUCCCCAAUGAAGCAAACCUCUGCUUGGUGGAUGUUGAUGAGGGGACAGUGGAGGUGCCAGAGGACCUUCCACAGUUUCCACACCGAGCAGACUUUAUACAGGAACUCAAUCAGCUCCUCAACAAGUGGGAGGUGCCAAUGGGGAAGCUUGACAGGAAAUCAGCCAGCCAGGGCCCCGGGGCAGAGCACUGGACGCCUGACUACCAGAGUGGCACCAUGCCCACCAAGCUCUCGUGGAACCUCAACGAGCACCACAGUCAAUACAAGUACAGGAGGCGACGCAAGUUCUCCUGGUCCCACGACUCAGACUCGGGAGUGUCCAGCACCGAGGGUUCCAUCAGCGGCUCCCACUCCUCCAUCACCUCCGUCAACACCUCCUCCUCCCCCUCCCCACUGCAGGGCCUCUCCAGCAACAAGAUACACAACUUUGACCCCUUCCACCUCUCCCCGCAGCUUAAAGAGAUCACUGCCAUUGCCAAGAAAGCUGGUGUGUUUGACUCCGAGGAAAUGGACAGGAUCAGAAGAGAAGGUGACCCCGAGAUGAUGGAUGAGCUCAAAUUCAACAACGCUGUGAGGGAGGUGUUCCUCAAUCGCUUCAUCCACAUGUUCUGUGCCUACGACCAUUUCGUCAUCCAACCCAACUGUCAGGGCACAGACAUGGAGCAGUGGCUAAGUUGUCGGGAGAGUGUACAGAACUUCGACAAGGCCACCUUCCUCUCAGACCAACCAGAGCUCCACCUCCCCUUCCUCUCCCGCUUCAUUGAGUCCCAGACCUUCACCUCACUUGUUGACCAUAAGAUCCUGGCCAACUGGGGCAAGCACAACUCCAACCUGCGUAUCUUUGAUCUCCGCAUAAGAUUACUCAGGGACCGGUACGAUGACAGCCUGGUGAGGACGCCUUCCUACGAGACCUGCACCACCAUCAAGGAGACCGAGCAGAUCCUGGAGAAGCGUCUGGCCAACAUUGACUACCGAGCCCCCCUGCCCCAGCCCAUGGACCCCCAGGCGGAGUCAUGCACCCUCUUCAACCCCGGCCAUUUUCCACUCCUUGACAGGAUUGCGCUCAACAAGGAACCACACAAAAGCAAGAAGCGCAGCAGUCACGCGUGGCGGCGGAGGGAGCGGCAGGAACGGCACCUGGAGCACACGGGCCUCUCGGGAGACCAGCGGGACAAGGUGAUCCACGAGGCCAAGUCUAAGCUGCAGCCCAAACUGGCGGACAUGUCACCCGCGUACAUGGCCCAGACCAAUUGGAAGUUCGUGGAGCAGCUUCUAAAGGAAUGCAAAACCCGCACAAAACGAAUGCUGGUGGAGAAGAUGGGGUCCGAGGCGGUGGAGCUGGGCCACGGGGAGGGCAGUCUGGUUGGGGUGGAGGAGAACACCCUCAUCGCCUCCCUCUGUGACCUGCUGGAGAGGGUCUGGGCUCAUGGUCUGCAGAGUAAACAGGGUAAAUCUGCGCUUUGGUCGCACUUGCUCAACUUCCAGGAGUUAGAGGACUGCAACGACUCCUCAAAACCUGACAACCCAAACUUCUUGUCCCCAGCUCCUCAAAAACCUUCACCAAAGAUAAGCAGCUUGUCACCCUUGUCGGAGAUUGUCUUAUCCAUUAGGACGGGUAACAUUAGUGGUCUUGGGUAUCUGGCAUCACAGUUAGCAAAUAAUUUUGACCUUUCCACCAUGGCCCUGGAGACUGAGAGUGCCCCAGCCUCCCCCACUAAGUCCUCAAGCAACACCAACAGCCUGCGUAAAAAGCCUCUUCAGGAGCGUUGGCCAACAGACCGCAGUGGCGAGCGACGGUCUAGGGCACAGGACUCCUCUGGGGUGCCAACGCUGCGUCCACUCCCCAUCUCUGUGACCUUUGACAUGCGCAACGUGCUGGCCAUGACAGAGAUCAAGACACACAUAGGGUAUGCCCGGGCCUGGGUGAGGCUUUCCCUGGAGAAGAAGGUCCUGUCAAAACACCUCACAGCCCUCCUGGGGAACGGCAAGCUGCUGCAGGACCUGUACAAGCGCUACGCCUUCCUCCGCUGUGAGGACGAAAAGGAGCAGUUCCUCUCCUACCUGCUGUCCCUCAAUGCUGUUGAUUACUUCUGCUUCACCAACACUUACGCCUCCACCAUGGUGCCAUACAGAGUGGUAAUCUUCCCCUCCCGGAAGCUGAGCGGUGCCAGCACGUCAUCCAAUGCCUGGGUCAGUCUGGGCGGCACCCACGGCCAGACCUCCAAGAUUCCAGUGCCAAGAAACCAAGUGGAGCUGGUCUUCCAGCACAAGAACCUUGGGCUGCUCACCACACUGCGUAUCGGCCACGACAACACCGGCAUGUCCCCCAAGUGGAUGGUGGAACAUGUGCUAGUCAGGAACGAGGUCACCGGCCACACCUGGAAAUUCCCGUGUGGGCGGUGGCUGGGGCGGGGCAUCGACGAUGGGUCGCUGGAGCGCAUCCUGGUGGGCGAGCUGGUGCCCUCCCACAUCACCUCCGACGACCUGGUGGAGUCCUGCCGCACGCCACCCAGAUGCAGGUCGCCAAAUAUGCCAGGUCCUCGCCGCUCAGACCUCAAACUGACCAUACCUGACAUACAGCAGCACCUGGGUGAUUCCGUGAACAACCUAGUCAAGUAUUUCUACAAGCCAGAGAAGGAGCGUGGCAGUCUCACCCUCCUCCUCUGUGGGGACUUUGGGCUUGUCUGCUGCCUGGAGCAAGUCUUCUCGUACGGCUUCAAGUCCACCAGGUUUUUUGGGAAGAAUCUCUACCUUUGGGACUAUUUUGAGAGGGCCCAGCAGCACUUUGAGGUGUUAUUGAGGGAGGAGGUGGAGCGGGAGCAGCUGACAGGCAUCACCAGGGAUGGGCGGGACCAUGGGCUGGGCAGCAUGGCAGAGCUGGUGACCCUUGUGUCCCGCAUCAACGGCUCGUCCUCACACCUUGGGAAGGACGACAAGUUCCAGCUCUUUGUGUGUUUAGCAGCAAGGGCCCACCUCCUGUCUCGCAUCCUCCUGCCUCUCCAGCGCUCCCCCGUCACCAGUCACAUGUAUGACGAGUCCUCCUUCCUGCGUGAUCCUCAGCUUGUUCGAGAUCUCAUCAAUGUCCUGUCGGCCCUUAAUGAGUUUGAGUUCAUCCUGGAGAGUUCCUUAACCAGAGGGAUCGACUAAGUCACACCUUUACCAGUGUUUCUCUUGAGUGUUGAGGUGGCAUCACUUGCACAUUCCUCCCAACCAAUGCUGAGCCAUAAGGUUUUGCCAAGGACAAAACAGGUUGCCCUGAUGAUUGUCUGCUCCUCAUGUGUGGGACUGAGUAGCUUGAGGUGCAGGCAGUUAAUCAUCUGACAAAUAGUUAUUAGAAUCCUAAAUGGUUGUGGAAAAUGUAUCCAUUGUAAUGCCACCUUAAGUGUGAUCAUCCUGUCCAUAGUGUGGGGUCCUGACAGAGAAGGAGCUGAGGAGGCAUAGAGCAAGGGCCAGGAAGGAAGAAACGAGAAAAGGUUUUAGUCAUGAGAAGUGUGAGCCAUAGUCACGGGAAUGUUUUUAAUUGUAGGAGUUUGCAGUUUUAACAAAGUACGAUGUCAGGUUUUACUGUGGAGGUAGAGUGGAUAAACUAGGGCAGAGGUUGGCAACCUAUAAUUCAAGAAGAGCCAGUUUCUUCAAACUUGGCAGAAAAGCAGCGGUGCUGGAGCCGGAUAAUAACAAUAAUAAUAAUAACAAUAAUAAUAAUAAUAUUUGCAGCUAUCAUAAAAUAAACUAUUAUAUUUAUGAAGCCACUCCUUUAACUUAACAUGAUGUCAGCAACCUAUUGUCAGUCCUUUACAAUUUGUUACAACAACUGAACAAUAUUACAUACUUUUAAACAACAUGCUAACUGUACUUAAUAUAUCUGGUCACCAUGUUGUGUUUUAACUUUAAUGUGACUUCUGCUCCUGAGCUUCUUUGGAGAGCUGUUCAAUGUUUGCAGCAUAUGCUCUCAUUUUUCUACGAUAUUUUGACAUUUUUAAGCAGGUGGCAGGAGCUGCACAGGUCUCUUAAAAGAGCCUAUGCGGCUCCGAAGUUGUAGGUUGCCGACCGCUGAACUAGGGGAAUGUUAGGGAUUUUAUAAAUGGGAAGCUGUCCACAAGAGCAAUAAAAGACAGUGAAAGUUUUAAUAUGGAAAAGGUUUGGAGAACCUGAUGUUUUUAGUGAUUGGGAAGAUGCUUGAAAGAAUAGUAAAUGAGGCUAAACUCUUAUGUAAAUAUAAGAAUACUGUAAGAAUCGAGGAAGACAUGCUUUUAGUAGAGAAAGGGAAUCUUUGAGUGUUGUGUUUGUUAGGUGACAGUGAUUAUUUUUGUGGAACAAAGAAGUACAAGUCAUUUUGCCAAACUUGACUUAAGGAUUUUAUGUUUUCAAAGAGCAGGAAGAAAUUAUGGUAAAAAAGAAAUGACUAGUGACCAAAAAUAUUAAUUAUUUAACAAGUUAUUAAGUAUUCACAAUUACUAUCGGUUAAUAUUUAUAAACACUGAAGUGAAUAUGUGGUUCUUGAAACUAUCAGGCAUUAAGAUAAUUUAUUUUUCCAUAAUUACUAACAACCUGCCUCUAGCUAUAGAGGAAAGGAAUCAUCUGACCACUAACCCCACCUCUGCUGUCAAGUGCAAUGCAUUCCAGGUACUGUCUCUCCCUAAGGUUCCUCACUGACAGGAGCACAACACUUGCCAGCUUUCCUAGAACUUAAUUGCAAUUCAGUUCCUGAAGUGAGGGAGUUUAGGGGGCACUGAGAGGCUCACGGCAGGAGGGAGCAGAAGCAAGCACAAAAAUACUCAAUCUCCUGCUGCUAUGUUCAGUUCUUAGGAGGGUAGUCGGUGUACACGGCAUUGUUGAUGUAGAUCUUGUAAGCUGUAAGAAUGUGUGUGUAUGUAUGCUAGUGUGUGUGUGUGUGUGUGUGUGUGUGUGUGUGUGCGCGUGUGUGUGUGCUCACCGUGGUGGGUGUUAUAUUUUGAUAUACUCAAACCAAAUAUUUGUAUAGUAUUGUCCGACUUUAGGUUUCUAGUGGCAGUUACCUUACAUUUCCCAUUAAAUACUUUGAGUGUUCAGCACUUAUUACUGACACGUGUCUCACCAGAAACUUAGAAAGGGUCAUUAAAUUUAUUUUAUAUAUAAAUGAAGCCACUCAACAAAUAAUUUCAGCUGGAUAUAUUUUGUUCAUUUCAAUUUGAUUGUUUCAAAACAGUAUAUGAAUUAUCCCUUUUGCAGAAUCAGUAUUGCAAAAGUAUUAAUGAGGUAUGAUUUUUUUUUGACCCCGAGAUAUACUAAGCUGCUGUUCCACACAAUAAGUAACUGCUGGGCAUGGACCCCACACACCUACACACCCUUGACCAUCCCUGCUAAGUCAUAAUGUACCGCCAUCCAGUCUAGACAUCUAAUUUUAAGAUUUUCCUGGUGAAUGUUCCACAGUCAACUAUAAUCUUGUGUCAGAAAAUGUUUCAGUAACUUUAAGAUGAAAUACCAAAAGUUUUAUUUUGUGAGAAAGUUUGUAAAUCCAGUCAUUUCAGCAUAUUUAUCCCAAAUUGUCUCCUAAAUCAUUUCCACUGGUUUAGUUUGUACUGCUGUGGGUUCAGGAUGCUGGAUGCCAGUGUUGAAGGCGUUGUCUGCGUCACCGCCUGUGGGUGGAGGACGCAGAGCCAACGUGUGUGUGGGUGGAGGUGCGGCAUGUGGAGGGGCAGGGCGGGGGAGGGGAGGGAGGGCUGCUGCAGAGGAAGUGCCAUAGUGGUGGUGAGGACCCUGCAGGUUCCCUGAACUGUGAUAUCUGUCAUGUUCAUAAUUUAAAACCUCCGGUGUGUCUCCUCACUCAUGUGUAAGAGCUUUCAUGCUCAUGAACAGGCAAGAACCAAAAAGCUUUGUGUGUCAGAAUUAUGAACAUGACUGUUGUUGGCUCGCCCCUCGAGGGAGCUGGACAAUACUCAAUUUUUUAUGGGACUACAAACGUGGUACUCCUGCAACAGUGCUAAACAUGUCGCUUCUGGUGCCCAGAUCAGUGUACCAAGAGUCUGUGUUCAUAGAAAACUCCUACUUGUACAGUAUAAACAGUGCAAGGGCAAUAUUGAUUUUGUACUUAUAGUACAAGCUGUUACACUUGUCAAAAGUGUGUUAGUAUAUACUGUAUACUUUAGGUAAGAAAAGUGUGCUGUUCCUAGCAAAUAUAUUUUAUUUAAUUUAUGUUAAAGGCCUGGAGCUGAAGUUACUGCUCAACUGUUUUUGGUUGAAGACAGUUUUAAUGCAUAAAUGUACUGCAUGAAAUAAUUGUAUAAAUAAAAGUAGAUCCCUA